AUGGAAAAAAUCAAGGCUACGCUUUUCAACGAAAAGCAGGUCGACCUCUCCAGUGAAGAGAAGAAUGUUUCUGGCUCUGACUACGAAACGCCGGUUGCGUUAGCGGUUUCCAAGUCUCAGGAGUACGACCCUAUUGACCAUGCUAUCGCUGCUCAGAUCUCUAAUGACGGGUACGCUGCUAUCACCGUGGAGGACGACUCUCCAUACCCAGAAGUUAGAGCCUCGGUGCCUUCUACUGACGACCCGGCGAUUCUUCAGAACACCAUUAGAAUGUGGGUCCUCGGUACGAUUUUGACCACCUUGGGUUGUGGUAUGAACUUGCUUUUUUCUUUCCACAGACCUUCGUUUGCUAUUACUACAUAUGUGACGUCUAUUUUGGCCUACCCUCUUGGUCGUGGUUGGGAAUGGGUUGUUCCUGAUUGGAAGAUUUUUGGUGUUUCCUUGAACCCUGGUCCUUUCACUUUGAAAGAACACACAAUUAUCACUAUUAUGGGUUCGGUUUCGUUUGGUGGCGGUGCUGCUUACGCUACUGACAUUCUUUUGGCUCAAAACAAAUUUUACAACUCCGACUACGGUGUGGGUUUUGCCAUUUGCGCCAUUCUCUCCACCCAAAUCAUCGGUUUCUCCCUUGCCGGUAUGGCCAGAAAAAUCUUGGUUGAAGCGCCAUCAGCAGUGUGGCCUGCCAACUUGGUUACGGCUACUUUCUUGACAAACAUGCACGUUAACGAGAACCAUACUGCCAACGGCUGGAAAAUCUCCAGAUACGCUUUCUUUGCAAUCGUGUUUAUGGUGUCGUUUGUCUGGUACUUCUUCCCAGGAUUCAUUUUCCAGGCCUUGUCGUACUUUGCCUGGCCAACAUGGAUUGCUCCAGAGAAUGUUACCGUCAACCAGGUGUUCGGUGCUGCUACCGGUAUGGGUUUGAUGCCAAUCACCUUUGACUGGAAUCAGGUCGCUGGUUACAUUGGUUCUCCUUUGAUUCCACCAGCAUCUGUCAUUCUUACUAUUGCCCUUUCCAUUGUCAUCAUUUACUGGAUCUGUACCGCUGCCCUUUACUGGACCAACACCUGGUACGCCCAGUACAUGCCUUUGUCUUCAUCUGACUCUUACGACAGAUACGGUGAGGUUUACAAUGUUUCUAAGAUCAUGAACGUUAAUGAGUUGACUCUUGAUGAGCAAGCUUACAAGAACUACUCUCCUUUGUUCAUGUCCACCACUUUCGCCAUCUCGUAUGGUGUUUCCUUUGCAUCUAUUAUCGCUACCGUUGUUCACACUGUGCUUUUCCACGGUAAGGAUAUCAUGAACCAAAUCAGACAAAAGGAGAAGCCUGAUGUGCAUCAGAGAUUGAUGAAGGCUCACUACAAGAACAUCCCAGAGUGGUGGUUUUUGAUUGUGUUCCUUGGUGCUUUUGCCCUUUCUAUCGUCACCAUCAGAGUCUGGAACACUGAAAUGCCUGUUUGGGCUCUUAUCGUUGCUCUUUUGAUCGCUGUCUUCUUCUUGUUGCCUGUCGGUAUCAUUUACUCCAUCACUAACAUUGCUGUUGGUUUGAAUGUCGUCACUGAGUUUAUCAUCGGUUACAUGGUUCCAGGUAAGCCUUUGGCUAUGAUGUUCUUCAAGACUUACGGUUACAUCACCAAUAACCAGGCUGUUACUUUCGCUCAGGACAUGAAGCUUGGUCACUACAUGAAGAUCAAGCCUAUUCUUUUGUUCUGGGCUCAGUUGUGGGCCACCGUUUGGGGUUCUCUCGUCCAGAUUGGUGUCUUGAGAUGGGCUUACGGUAACAUUGACGGGUUGUGUACUUCAACACAAAAGAACGGUUACUCCUGUCCAAACGGUAGAGUGUUCUUCAACGCUUCUAUCAUUUGGGGUGCCAUUGGUCCAGGCAGAAUGUUCAGUCAGGGCCAGAUCUACUACCAGUUGUUGUUCUUCUUCUUGCUCGGCUUGUUGCCUGUGGUCAACUGGCUCGUGCUUAAGAAGUGGCCAAACUCUCCUAUCAGAUGGCUCAACUGGCCGGUGUUCUUCUCUGGUACUGGUUUCAUUCCACCUGCCACGCCGUACAACUACGUCAACUACUGUGCUGUGGGUAUCGUCUUUGGUGUUUUCAUCAAGAAGAGAUUCACCCACUGGUAUUUCAAGUACAACUACUCUCUCUCCGCCGGUUUGGAUAUUGGUUUAGCUUGGUCUUCCUUGAUCAUCUUCUUGUGCUUGAGUUUGCCAGAAGCCGAGUUCCCUACCUGGUGGGGUAACAGCAUCUUGAACAAAACUAGCGACAUGUUGGGUACUGCCGUUAGUAAGACCCUUGCUUCUGGCGAAGCUUUCGGUCCUGACACUUGGUAA